AUGAUGGGACUUGUGCUUUCCGUGCUGACAAUGCCGCUUUGGCAGUUCCUCUGUGGCUUGGUGAUCCUUCCCACCGUUGUGGCGUUUGUCAUUCUCGUCUUGUGCUUCAAGGACGGUGGCGAAACGUUUCGAUCCAAUUUGAGUCUUCGCGACCAGGAGCAGCCGGAGGAAUGGAAAACCUCGUUGCUCUUCACCUUGUUUGUCUACUGCAAGUUCCCACUGUUGAUCAUGGCAAACGCUGGAAUGGCCCUACAUGAGCAUCUCGACGGUGUGGUCCGAAACGUUGUUGACGACUUGGUGUUCGACGACGCGCGCCCUUACAACGACGAGGACGACGACACGACGGUCCUCCAAGGCGACGACAACGAAGCGAGCCUACAAGACGAUGCCAGUUCCCUUGAAGUGAACGAAGCAGAGUCGGAGCAAGAGCACGACGAAGAAGAAGCAAGCGCAGAAGAGGAGGUGGAUCUCCACGGUGACUGGGAAUUCUACAUUUCCAUUGCCGCGAUCGAUCAAGCCCAAUGGGAACGUCUCAUCCAAGAACUGUUGCAAGAAACGACGAUACAAGAUGCCUUGCAGCUCUUGGAAACAGAUGGCAAGCAUGACUACCAGCAAGUCAAGGCUCUGUGGAAGCGCAAAACACCAUCCACGACAUUGGCCGACACGGACGGAAACGAAGCCGACCUCCGAGCAUUGGCCGAAUCCUACAUUUCAACGGCAUUUCAUUGGCUGUUUCUCGUUGGCGGUGACAAUGGAAAGCCGUCCAAGUGGCAGCUACAAAAGGCAAUGAAACAGGGUGCAGAUUGGAAGGAGAACUUUUCCCGCUUUUGGGGUCCGUUCCCCGAAUACAUUUUCGCCAUUGAAGCUUGUGCCAAUUGUGGAAAGCACGAAAGUGAGGAUGAAACGCAACUGUUGAGCUGCGCUGCCUGCAUGAUGGCCCUGUACUGUGGCGCCACUUGCCAGAAAGAGCAUUGGAAGUCGACUCACAAGAUCGAAUGCCGCAAGAAUCGUCGUGAAUGA